CAAAUACAGAUAUGCUAUUGUCAUAAUAUCUAGAUAUUCUAUGAUCUGUCUUCUGGUGGGCGGGAAUGAGAAACCACUAAUUCUUUGUUCAUAGUUCCUAGUAUAGAUUUAAAAUAUCUAUGCUUUCUUUUCAUUGUUUAAUAGCCGCACGGCUACCGAGAGCAAUCUUAAUUCUUUCAAUGUAGCCUUAUCAUGAGAAUACUUAUAAGCUGCAAUUUUGUAAGUGACCACAGUUGCGACAGUAAAUUGAAUUGUUCAAUAACUUGAAGCAUCAUAGAGAGUCAUGAGUCCAGUUUUAGCUCUACUCUUGCUAUAUCUCUUUAGUAAUGUCAAUGGAAAUUGCUCUAACAAGCUUCCCACUGGUCUACCACGUUCAUGCAAGGACUGGUAUGAUAUGGGUGCCACUCAAAGCUGCGAGUAUCCAAUAUUUUCUAAUAGCAAUGUUGCAAAAAUGGUCUACUGUGAUAUGGAGGGUACAAACUGUGAUGGCACAGGUGGAUGGACAAGACUGGCCUUUUUCGAUAUGACCCAGCCUGGUGCUACAUGUCCUAGUGGACUAAGACAACAGAGCUUUACUGCCAUCCCUCAUCCCCUCUGUAAGAGGCCGUCUUCCUCAUGGGCCAGUUGUGCUUCAACAAAAUUUACAGCUAUAUAUUCAGGAAUGAAAUAUACCGAAGUCUGUGGACGAGUUAGAGGGUAUCAGCUAGGAAGUCCAGAGGCUUUUGUUUCAAGCAAUUACUAUGGCAUAGAGAGUACUUAUGUUGAUGGCGUCUCAAUCACUCAUGGAAGAUAUCCUCGCAAGCAUAUCUGGUCGUAUGCUGGGGGAUACCAGUCUCAUAGUACCAGCCGAUUUGCAUGUCCUUGCAAUAAAGGUUACAAUGGUGGUAGUAAUCCCAGCUCUUUUAUUGGAAGUCAUUAUUAUUGCGAAUCGGGUACCCCAUCUGGUGUGGACUAUGUCAAUGGUGUCCUUUAUGCGAAUGAUGUUCUCUGGGAUGGUAAAGGAUGUGAUGGAAUUGAAGGUCCUUGUUGCACUAAUCCUAAACUUCCUUGGUUUUAUAGGAAAUUGAGUCAGAAGACAACAGAUGAUAUAGAGCUGAGAAUAUGCAACGUUAGAGAAACUGCUAUUGAUGACGUACCUAUUGAUAUUGUUGAAAUAUUUAUCCGCUAACUGCAGUGAUGGAUUGUAUACAAUUUUGAUGCAAAAACUAAGAUUUUUAGGAUUUUUGUGAAAUUAUUUUUUGAUGAACUAAUUAUUUUUUG